GCUAAUCUUUACAAAAUGGCGACUGUUGUUGUUUUGCCGCAGGGUCAGUGAAUAAACCCGUUUUUCACUUCAGUAAAUUUCUGCAUUAAGUUGCAGAAAAAAUCGCACCAAGGAAGAGCAAGUGUCCCGACGGUCGACACCGAGUGGGCCGAAAUGAAAGGUAAAGAGCGGUCGCCGAUUAAAAAACGCUCCCGGGCCCUGGACGAUAUUCGAGACAGGGGAGGAUGCCAUCCGACCAGCAAGAAAAUGGGGGCUCUGUCCGUUUCCAGUGGGAGUAAUAAUGGAAACAGUUCGUCCAAAAGCGACGGCGGCUCGACAAGACGGAGUCUCCUCGGGGAAAAAAGAGACCGAGACUUCGACGGUCACAGCCGGACUGGAAAUAAUCACAGUUGUCAGUCUGCAGCUGCCGCCGCCGCUGCAGCGAGCUCCGUGGGCAAAAACCACAACCUGAGCCUGACGCUGGAUUUAGCCUCACCGAGGACCACCUCUCGGGGUGAGCCGCGGUUGCAGCCGCCCAGCACAGAGAGUGAGUACAAAACGCUCAAAAUCAGCGACCUCGGCACUCAGCUUAGCGACGAGGACAUCGAGGACGGACUCUUUCACGAAUUUAAAAAAUUUGGGGAUGUGAGCGUCAAGAUAGGUCGUAGCAACGACGAGCGGAUAGCCUUCGUAAAUUUUAGGAAGCCGGAGGACGCCAGAGCGGCUAAGCACGCCAGGGGACGGCUGGUGCUGUACGACCGGCCGCUGAAAAUCGAGGCGGUCUACAUCAACCGGAGGAGAAGUCGGUCUCCGGUGGAGAGAGACGUGUACGGUGCGGCUCAAAGCCACAGACAUUUGCAGAGACCCCUCUCGCCCACCGGGCUGGGAUAUAGAGACUACCGGCUGCAGCAGCUAGCCCUGGGACGGCUUCCUCCACCCCCACCCCCACCUUUGCCGAGAGAACUGGAGCGGGAUCGGGAGUUCGCUCUGUUUGAAGCCAGAGCACGCCCAGCCUUCAUUGCAGAACGGGCAGCUUUCCGAGAAGAGGAUUUUAUUUCUCCAGAAGAUGACCAAAGAGCUAAUAGGACGUUGUUUUUAGGCAAUCUGGAUAUAACUGUCACAGAAGCAGACCUCAGGAGGGCCUUUGACAGGUUUGGAGUCAUAACAGAAGUGGACAUUAAGAGACCAACACGGGGGCAAACCAGCACGUAUGGAUUUCUGAAAUUUGAGAAUCUUGACAUGGCUCAUCGUGCUAAGCUUAGCAUGUCUGGUAAAAUAGUGGGCCGCAAUCCCAUAAAAAUAGGCUAUGGGAAAGCAACACCAACCACACGCCUGUGGGUGGGUGGUCUUGGACCUUGGGUUCCCUUAGCUGCCUUGGCAAGAGAGUUUGAUCGCUUUGGCACUAUAAGGACCAUUGACUACAGAAAAGGGGACACUUGGGCCUAUAUUCAGUAUGAAAGUUUAGAUGCUGCACAAGCAGCAUGCACACACAUGAGAGGCUUCCCACUGGGAGGUCCAGAGAGAAGACUUAGAGUGGACUUUGCAGACACUGAACACCGUUAUCAGCAGCAGUUCCUGCAGCCUCUCCCAAUACCACCAUUUGACAUGGUGGCUGAGUCGUUUGUCCACCGUGCCACACCUGAACCGCUGAGGGUCAGGGAACGAACUCCACCGCCGCUUCACUUCAGGGAGAGAGAGCUGUUUCCUGGAACCGACUGGCCCAAUCCUGCUAUUCGCGAGCGAGUACGUGCCUCACCUUUUGAGCCUCUGGAGCAUUUGGAGCGUGAGAGGCGAACUCGUGAGCCCUGGUCUUUGGAAAGAGAGCUGCAGGGGCGAGAGCCUGCGCGAGAGCCUGCUCGAAAGCGGCGCAUAUUGGAGGACGGACGCCACAUAGACCACUCCCCUGACAGCACUGAGAGGACAGUAAGACGCAGGCGUGCUUCUCCAGAUGGCAGUCCUGGAGGCAGCAGCAGAGACGGGGGGCGCUUUAGUGACUCAGAACGCCCCCUGCGGGGCGAGAGAGCCUCUCCUGCGACAGAACGCCACAGCAGCCUUGAAAGAAGCGUGUCAGACCGAAGGCCCAAAAGCCAGAGUCUGUCUGAUAAGGGGCUUUCAAGCAACAUUAUUUCAGCAGUUGGAGAGCGCAAGCGCAAGGCAAUCGAUGGUGGCAAAGGACCAGCCAAGCGAGAACGUUCUGAGAGCAGCUCAAAGGGAGGCCAGCCAUCCAAGCCGGAUGGCACCAAACUCAGUUUGGCGUGGCACGGUAUGCUAUUGUUGAAGAACAGCAACUUUCCAGCCAACAUGCACCUGUUGGAGGGAGACCACAACGUCGCCAGCGACCUGCUCGUCGACAGCGCUACAGGAAGGCGAGUGAGCGAGCUAAAGAUCACGCAGCGACUCCGGCUGGACCAGCCCAAGCUCGACGAGGUGUCUCGGCGCAUCAAGGUGGCAGGUCCGGGCGGCUACGCAAUCCUGUUGGCGGUUCCCGGCACCACAGAGGACGCAUCUUCAUCCGACCCCGCAGCUUCAACUCAGCGGCCGCUUCGCAACCUGGUGUCCUACCUCAACCAAAAACAAGCAGCUGGAGUCAUCAGCCUGCCUGUGGGAGGAAGCAGAGAUAAAGACAACACAGGGGUUCUUCAUGCUUUCCCUCCCUGUGAUUUCUCCCAGCAGUUCCUGGAUUCCUCUGCCAAAGCUCUGGCAAAAAGCGAAGAGGACUAUCUAGUCAUGAUUGUGGUCCGCGGAGCAUCUUAAAGAAACAAAAUACACUAAAUUCAAAUGGAAUUAAAAAAAAAAAAAAAUCUGCUGUAUGUCAGUAACUAUUGCAUGCUGUGUGUUCUGCAUCAUGGAGUACACUAGUAUGGUUAUUGAGUGUUAUGUUACCAUGUAAACCACUUAAAGGACAAACAGUGCCCCCCUGCAAAGCUAAAAGUAUGUGUGUUUCUGAAGUUACCUUUCAGAGGUGUCAGUCACAAUCAUAAAUCGGCAGUAAUUUAGCCCAAAUUCUGUAAAGCGGUUAAAGUUUAGUAAGCUUAAUUUAUGAACAGAGAAGUCAUGCAGACUAUAUUUUUCUUUGGAGUUCAUUUGCAGAUUUAAAAUGUUAGCCAUCCAGGUCUGCAACGGAAAAAAGGAAAAGCAGGAGAGUUAGAAGUUUAAGAAAGGGACACAAUAACAGCUCAUAACAAACUCUCACCUCGCCUUCCACAGGGCGCUAACAGUAACAUGUUUCUAUUAUAAUGUCAUGCAUUAGACAAACAGGUGCUGUUAUUGUGUCCUGAUAUUUGCAUCAGGCUUUCAGAAAAUACAAAUUUUUUUUUUUUCAAAGCUUUGAAUUACAGUGCAAUAAUAUGUCUACUAUUACCACUUUUUGAUGAAGGGAGACAAACGUGAUUUGAAUUGUUUUUCUUUUCUUUUUUUUGUGUGUGUUAGAGGGUCGGUGAACUAUCUCUGGUUACAUUUCAAGGUCAAAACGCGUUGCACAAUUUUUCUCUCAGCCACCACGUUACAGCGUUGUCCCAUCGCUCAUAUAUUUUCAUCCUUAACAAAAAGUCAGGCAAAUGGAGCGUGGUUCACUGAGGAAGAGUUGUGCAGUGCGUUUUAAGUGUUACGAUGCUCACGCUUGUCUGUCGCUGUGGAUUUUGAAAACUGGAAAACAUUGUGAAGGUCAGCAGAUUCAACUUUGCUAGAUACAGCUGAUACAGCUCAGUUUAAUUGCAUUAGAAAUUCAGUUUGGAACAAAAGUACAAAUUCUGUUCAGGCUUGUCGUUUGGGUUUAGGUGUAUUUGUCUUGUACUCCUCUGAAUUGGAACGCCAAAAUUGAUAGACAAUGAACUCAGUGCGAGUCCACCGGUAAAGCUAAAUGGUCAUGUCAUCUCUGUAUGGAUUGCUGAAUACUAACAGAAUUUAUUUUCAAGGGAACAGCCCAUUACACAUAGCGUAGUUUAAAAAAACAAAACAAAAAAACAGCUACUAACAUUUUUUUUUUCACAAAAUAUUUUAUUUUGUGCAUCCCUGUCUUUAGAAAUGGUUGUGAAAAUGUGAACUAUGAAAAAGUAUAAUAGUCAUGGAUAAAAAGCUUAGAGGAUUUUGUGUUGAUUUGACAGACUGCUUCAUUUAUUUACCCUAAAACCAGUAGGUCCUUCAAUAAUAAUAAUAUUAAAUAUGCCAGUACAAACCUAAUAUUUGUACAGUAAGUAGGUCUGUGCAAUUUUAUAGUUUUAGAGCUAUCUUAACAGUUAAUGUUGAUUUAUUUUAGCAGUCUAAAUUUGACAGUAUUUCACUCACGCUUGCCAACGUUUAUUUAUUUUUCCCCAAGGCCUACCCUGUUUUGUUUUGCCAUUGUAGUUUUGCCAUGUAGUAGUAACCUGCCAUGCACUAUAAUUUGCUGAAUUUGGUUUAAUAUGUAUUGAAAACAUUUAUAUGUGGGGGGGAGAAAAAAAAAAGAGAAAAUUGUUGUAUAUGUGAACAUCACACCCACUGCGGCUUUGGACUCUUGAGGAGACGAGCACAGAGCUGAAAACCUCUGCAGAGAAGGCACCCUGGUGGUUGUGAGUCCUCGCUGAUGAGGCAGCUUUUAAGUUGUGUAGCCCAUCUGCACCUGUGAUGACUUCUGUUUAAAAUGGAAAAAUUGAGCAAUGUACACUUUGAUGUCAUGGGGAAGGAAAAUCCGUAGAGCCCAUGCGAAGCUGUUCACAUACCUGCAAGUGCAUUUGGGCACUUAAUGUGACCGAUUAUCAAUAAAUUGUUCAUUUGAAGGGAAA